UGGUCAUACGCCACACUAAAAACAUACGCGAACUCAAGAAUGAAUAUCAAGAUUGCCAUCGUUUUGGUGGCAGCAGCCACUCAAGUUAUAUGCUCGAAAGAGUCGAGCGAGGCGAGUGAGGGGAAAUCGCAGAACGUCGAGGCGGAAUCAACGGAGAAGAAGACAGAAAAACGCGGGCUCGUUCACAGUUUCGGUGACCUGGGCGGCGGCGGUGGCGAUCUGCACGGCGGCGGAGGAGGCGGUGGAGGCGGUGGAGGCUACGAUCAACACGAGCACGUGAAGGCAGUGACGGUUGUAAAGAAAGUGCCGGUACCGUACGAAGUAACGAAACAUGUGCCCUACCUGGUGGAGAAGCACGUGCCGUACGAGGUGAAGGUCGGCGUGCCGCAGCCCUACACCGUCGAGAAGCACGUGCCCUACCCGGUGAAGGUGUUCAUCAAGGUACCGGUACCCGUGCCGCAGCCUUACACCGUCGAGAAGAAGGUGCCGUACGAGGUGAAGGUACCCGUGGACAAGCCCUACGAAGUCAAGGUGUACGUGCCGCAGCCUUACACCGUGGAGAAGCACGUUCCGGUACCGGUAAAGGUACCGGUCCCGCAACCUUACACGGUCGAGAAGCACGUGCCCUUCCCGGUGAAGGUGAAGGUGCCGGUACCGCAACCGUACCCAGUGGAGAAACCGGUGCCCUACGAGGUGAAGGUACCGGUGGAUAAACCGUACCCGGUCCACGUGCCGAAACCGUAUCCGGUUACCGUUGAGAAGCCGUAUCCGGUGCCAGUCGAGAAGCCGAUACCGUACGAAGUGAAGGUGCCCGUAGACAAGCCGUAUCCGGUCUCGGUACCUAAACCGUAUCAGGUGCCGGUGAAGGUGCCGGUGCCGCAACCCUACUACGUACACAAACCGGUGCCAGUGCCGGUGGAGAAGCCGGUCCCGGUGCCGGUCAAGGUGCCCGUAGACAAACCGUACAUCGUCACGAAGGAAGUGCCGGUUCCGGUCGAGAAGGAAGUACCGGUGCCUUAUAAAGUUCCGGUAGCCGUGCCGGUGCACAUACCGAAGCACGAGGAGCACUAUGGUGGCGGCGGCGGUGAUUUCGGCGGUGGUUACGGCGGUGGUUACGGAGGCGAUGGAGGCGGUUACGGAGGUGACGGAGGCGGUUACGACUUUCACUCUGGCGGCGGCGGCGGCGGCGGCGGCGGCGGCGGCGGCGGCGGCGGCGGCUACGAAUCGUUUCACUGAUCUUGACGACGAUGACGUGAAGCGAACAUCGCGAGAGGCCUUCUCAUCUUCUCUCUCGAUGUGAUCGCGCGCUUUUCUCCGAAUCGGUAUAUCAUAUCAUUUCGCUGGACCAUUUUAGAAAUCCUUGGGAAGAUCUCGGCAAUUGAUCGAAAUUUCAUCGUACAGCAAGAAAUAUGACAAUUGUAUACAAUUAAUGGAUGACUUAUAGCUGUAAUUAUUGAUACUAUGAUUGACGAGUUUACCGAUUGUAUUUUUAUAUGUAUUAUAUUUUCAGGAAACGCAUAAUUGUAGCGAUUAUUUCGAUCCAAUUAUUAUUAGGCUACGGCUAUUCUUAGCUAAUAUUGCGAUGAGAUAUAAGUGAAUCGAUAAUUCUAUCCAUGCUUUUCGUGGCGAUUAAUAGAUUGACGGAUAUCUCUCUCUGAAAAGCCUAAAUAAAUGUUCUGUAUAUAUGUUUCGCGUUUGAAAAAGAUACCGGGAAGUACGCGUAAGUUUCAACGAACAUUAUUCGCUUAAUUUCGCUUAAUGUUCGCACAGUAUUGUUGUGAAGUAUGUUUACCAUACUGAGAAAUGUUGUACCUAAGUAAGUUAAGUGAAGAAUGUAUUGUGAAAAAAGUACGUAUCUUUUAUACGAAAGGUUUAAUAAACGCUCU